AUGAAUGCUGAAGAUGGUAAUUUCAGUAAUGUUAGUGAUCAAGAAGAAAAAGAUGUAGAAAUUAUCAAAAAUAAAAAAAUGAACAAAAGAAGUACAGAAACUGUUAAAAAAGAGAAAUAUAUCUUGAACAUGGAUGCAAUCAAUGAAAAAAGAAGAGAUACAAAAACUAUUGAAAAAAGAGAAGUAUACAUUGAACAUAGUUGUAAUUAA